AUGAUAAAUGAGAGGAAGGAACUCACUGGAAUUGAUGGGAGAGACUUAUUGUGUAGUGAAAGUGUUAAAACACCAGUAUCUUCAGUAAAUAGUGAUAAACAAAAGUCUUGGAGUAUGAGGUUUGGGAUUUACAAUAAAAAGUCUAUUAGCGAGACCCAAAACAACAAUUUCAAUGGAGAUUUAAAUAAAGUAAUGGAAUUAAACAAUAAGACGGGAAAUUUUAACAUUGACCCUAAUUUAAAUACAUCAAAUAAUGGGAAUUAUUCUUUUUGGCCGAACUCUUUUGAAGAUAUUCAAAGAGGAGGUUCAGCAGUAUUUAACAGAUUAGCAUCAAGGAUAGAAGAAGGAAUUCAAGAUUUACAGUCACAAAUUAGACCGGACUUCCCUAAGCUUCCUAAUAAUUUAGAAGGGAAAAUUCCAUUGGGGUUUUCAUUCAGUGUAAGCGCUAUGUUAAUUCCUUAUCAUCUAGGGGUUAUAUUGGAGUUACAGGAACAAGGAUAUAUUACUGAAUCCACACCAUUGUCUGGGGCAUCUGGUGGCUCAAUAGCCGCGAUUUGUUGUGCAUUAGAUAUAAGUAUGUAUGAAGCAAUGGAAGCCUGCAUUUCGCUUUAUGAAGAUUGCAGAAAAAAUGGCACGGCAGGAAGAUUAAACCAAGUACUUGAACGCGAACUUAGGAAAAAACUUCCAGAUAAUGUAGUUGAACUCUUAAAUAAUAGAUCGGAAAAAGGAGGGCAAAUUAUCAUUUCUUUUACACAACUUCUUCCAGUUCCUAAAGCUCAUUUUGUCUCAGAUUUUAAUUCUAAAGAUGAUUUAAUUGAAUGUAUAUUAGCAAGUUCAACAAUUCCCUUUCUUUCAGUUCCUUGGCCUACAUUCAAAUGUAGAGGAAAACCAUGUGUAGAUGGUUAUUUUGCUGUGGGAAGAGGCGAAUUGGGAUGCCUUCCUACUAAUGCUAUUAGAACAGUAAAGGUUUGCCCUUUGCCCUCUGCCGGUUCUUCUAUGAAAUCAAAUAGAUCUGACGUUAUUUCACCUCAUAUUCAAUCUUAUGAUUGGAUACUAUUUGGCCCCGAUUCUAGUAACACUAACACAGGUCUUAUAAGAACAAGGGAAUGGAUAAAAAAUCUAAGACCGCCUGAAGCAAUUCCAACAGAUCUUAAUAAAUCAAAUUUAUUAGACAAAGGAAACUCUGUAAAAAAUGAAAUAAAUACUAAAGAACACCUUGAAAAUUGCGAAUUUAAAGAAGUAUUUAAUUCGUGCUAUAUUAACAAUAACCCAAAUUUAAAUGCUCCUCCAUUGAUGAAGUAUUCUAACAAUGAGCUCUUACGUAUUGCAGUAGAUCCUCCGUCACCCCAGGUAGCAUGGGAACUAUUCUAUAUUGGUAGAGGAGAUGCAUUAAGGUGGAUAAUGAUAGAUAGAAUCAGGGAAAAUUCAUAUAAUCUUAUGGAGCCUACAUACAAUUAG